AUGGCAGGGAGGGGUGCAAGAAACGAGGCGUCGGAGAGAGUGCCUCUUGUGAAUGACGAUGAUGACGGCGAUGUGGGACAGCCGUGCCGCGAAUGCCCCCCGGAGGAUCAAGAGUCGAUCGCCAGCACCGUGUCCGAGGUUGUGGAGAGCGUGGGCAUGGGGCGCUUUCAGGUCGCGCUGUUCUGCGCGAUGGGGCUGUCCUGGAUGGCGGAGUCCGCGAAGUUCGGCGCGGUGGCGCUGGUGGCCCCGAUGGUUGCCUGCGAGUGGAACCUUCCAGCUGUCCAGGAGAGCAUGUUGACAUCAUUUGCAUUCAUAGGUGCAGCGAUUGGCUGCUAUGCUUUUGGCAUGGUUGCUGAUGUUCUGGGACGCAAGAGCACAUACUGGUGUGUCUCCCUUUUGGGUGUCAUUGGAAGCCUUGGGGCAGCAGGCUCUCCCACAACAGAGUGGCUGGGGUUUUGCUUUUUCUUGCUCGGGCUUGUCGUCGGUGGCAUCAACGUGGGCCCGGUGUAUCUCAUCGAAUACAUGCCAAUAGCACAGCGUGGCCGGUGGGGUGCAUUUCUUGCAAUGCCAUGGGCCUUGGGAAUGGUUGGUGGUGCCGGCAUUGCUUGGUUCGCGGUGCCAUGGGCUGGGUGGAGAGCAUAUCUGGCAAUGUUGAACAUACCUUAUGUGGGGGUGUUCGCUUUGCUGCCUUUUUUCCCCGAGUCUGCACACUUCCUUGUGGUGGCUGGCAAGCCUUUGAAAGCAAUGGCAGCAUUGAAACGAAUGGCUAAGAUUAACAGAGUGAAAUUGGGGAGCACAGUAGUACUGCUGGCAGAGGAAGGAGGGGAAAGCACUGAUGACGCCUCACUGUGUCUUCUUGUUAAACAAGGACUUGGUGGUCUUGCAAGGCUGUUGUCAAGAACCUUGUGGUGGACAACUUUGACAUCGGUGUCAAUGGCCGUUGCUGAGAUCUUCACAUACAAUUCAUUGCUGCUGCUCAACACUCAAAUACAUGCUGAGGCCGUGGGAACUUGCGAAAGUAGGCACUUCAGGCUUUCUGAACAGGCCUACGUGGACAUGAUGAUAGUGUCAUCUGCGGACGUCAUCGGCAACCUCCUUGGCAUUGCAAUGAUUGAGUGGAUAGGAAGGAAAUGGUCGCUGACGACGCAAUUUAUCGGGAGCGCUGUGGCCCUUGUGCCGCUGCUCAUUGCACCGCACAUUGAGCCUACAGUAUUCCUCUUCAUGUCACGGGCGGUUGUCCUGGCGUCUUACUCCAUCUUGGUGGUGUACAUUCCUGAGUUGUAUAGCACGGGCGUACGUACACAGGCGCUGGGGCUGGCUGUGCUGAUGGGAAGCGUGGCCAGUUUGCUCACACCUUUUGUGGCACAGGGUCUACUACAACAGCACGGGCUGCGGUCAGCGCUGGGCGUCAUUUGCACUGUGCUGGUGGCGGGAGGCGUGUCCGCGCUUUGCAGCCCAAGGGAGACCAUUGGCGAAGCUCUCCAAGACGCUACGGAAUCGAGGCGAAAAUUGAGCUGGAGUCCCAUUCAGGAUUGA